GCAGUGUGAUGUUUCCUUAUAGACCGAUUGACUGAAAUUCCCGAGUCGGACGUGCUCAUUUGUACGUCGAUGUAUGACGAAAUCAAUCGACAAGUCAAGAAACUUCCUGCAGAUGGCCUCAAGAAAUAUUCGCACCCUCCGACUGUCACGGAAGACGAGAUCUACUUCUUUACGAAAAUUUUAAGCCCGCCAAAGGUGAGCCUGGCGGUGAAAAAACCAGAAGAACCCAAAUCAGAAACUCCGUCAACUUUGAAAGUAGAACCAUCCCCUCAGUUUACAAAAAUGAACGACAUGGACAUUUUAAUGGAAGACUCCCUAGAUGGUGGCCCGCCAUCGGUCGGUUCAGGCGAAAUUCCCGUCGUUGUCCCAACUCCUGGUACCGCCACCCCCGUUAUUUCUACCCCUGCUCCUACCAAGAAGAAAUCCAACAAGAACAAAGUGGUGACAGGUUACAUUUUGUAUUCGCGCGAAGUGCGGAAGCAAAUCGUCCAGAACAAUCCCGAAUCGACGUUUGGUGAUAUCAGUCGCAUAGUCGGAAGCGAGUGGAAGUCCCUGCCACAGCACGAGAAGCAGCAAUGGGAGGAGAAAGCUUCGAAACUGAACGAGGAGACGAAGGCUAUGCUUUUGCUCGAAGAACAGUGUUCCAGUCCAGCUGCUCCACCUCCACCACCUGUAGAUGUGGUUUACGAAUGUCUUUGGGACAACUGUGAUUACCAAUUCGAAGAAGUCGUCGAUCUGAUUGAGCACUGCAUCAAGGACAAAGAAUCGCAAGGGCAUGUGCAGGCUUUUUAUACCGAAAAUCAAAUUUCGGAAUUCAACUGCUACUGGCGCAAUUGCGGCAGAAACAAGAAAAACGUUCAGCCUUUCCCGAACAUUCAGAGGCUGAUCAGGCACGUGCGUGAUAUGCACAUCAACAAGGGCAACGGAAGGAGCGUACCGCCAGGAAAACAACCUAUUAGCGGCAGCGAACAUGGUACAUUCGAGCGAUCUUAG